AUGGCUCGUGGGGCCAAGGCCCGCGAGUAUGACUAUUCCGCAGUAGGAACUCAAGGAAGACGGACCGGUAUCACCUUGAAAGAAGGAAAACGCGAUGAGCAUGGCAUGGAAGAAGUGGACGGGCUUUUUUCAUCUCCUGAGAAAUCGCCGGCAGAGGUGGAUGGUUUUGAUGAUAGGGACCUUGAAGACUCGAUGGGUUCUGAUGGGAUGUCUAUGGAUGAAGGCAACGCGCCUGGUCCCAUGGACUUCCUCAAUGCCGCCAACGCUUCGCGUCCUGCCUUAUUACCUCCGCCCGGUCGUUCGCCUGCAAAGGGAUUCGCUUCAUCGACCCGCAGAUCGCCUGUUUUGCGCUCGACACCAGAUCAAGAGGAGGACCUGUUAUCGCCUAGCCCCUCAGAUGGUAAAGGCUUGACUAAGACCCAUGGUUCGCGACAGGAACCCUCUCCAUUGACUACUCGAUCAGUAAACGCGGGUGUCUCCAAGCAGAGAAAUAAUGCCCAGAAGGCCACAAAGGCGCAAUUAGUAGCGCCUGAGUCGCCCGUCGUGCAUGACUUCUCGGACGGCGAGGGUGAUGAAAACGCCAAUUCAUUUCUUCCCGAAGACAAUGAUUUUGGAGACAGCUUCGAUGCUGGAAAUGAAACUGUCAUUCCCGACGACGACGUUCCCGAGCCCCUAGCGCAAGACCAGAGUGAUGCCGAGAACGACUCGCCUCGGCCAGCAGAAGACGUACGUUCCGCGCCAAAGACGUCUACAACGGCAUCAAAACCGACAAAGAAAGCUCUUACAGCGAAGGCCUCCAAGCCAGAGAAAAGUGAAACUAAAAGUGGACGGCGAGGCCGACCUCCGAAGAACUCACGUACCCUCGACGAAGAAUCAGCCGAUGCCAGGCCAUCCAAGAGGCAAAAGAUUCCAAACAGCCAGCCUCAAGCGAACCGUAAACCGCUGGACCCUGAACUGAACAAAGUCGUUGAGAAUUAUACCCAGCGUUCAGGUCCAUUAAAGGGCCGCAGCUUGUACAUUCUGAAGAGAGAGAACCCCACAGAUCAAAGCUCCACACAUACUCGGUCGGGGCGCGCAUCGAUCCGGCCUUUGGCGUACUGGCGCAACGAAAGGUGUGUCUACGGAGACGGAGAGGCUGAAGAGGGCCAACGCUUCCCAUUGUCAACGAUUAAGGAAAUUGUUCGCGCCGAAGAGCUUGAACCGGAGCGAACCAAGAAAGGCAAACGUGCCGGUCGAAAGUCAAAAUCCAAGAAGCAAGCAGAGUCUUCCGAUAACGAAGAUGAGCAUCUGGAUGUGUGGGAGAAAGAAAGCGGUGUUCUCCAUGGUUUUGUCCCCAGAUGGGAUCCUAAGUCUCAAACCAGCACCAAGGAGGAGGACGUCAUCGAUAUUGCAUAUGCGCCUUCUGGCAUUGAGACAAGAGAGGUCAAAGAUUCCACAUUCCGAUUUGCAAAGCUGCUCAGCUCUUCUUUCAUCGGAUCAGGGGUCGUAGAACUUCCGCCGGAAGGUGUGAAGAGACCUAAGAACUCAAAGAAGAUGCACAUGGUCUUUUAUGUCUGUCAUGGACGAGUGCAGGUCGAUAUUUCUGGGGUGCAGUUCAGCGCUGGCAAAGGAUGUGUAUUCCAGGUCCCACGCGGCAACUACUAUAGCUUCCAGAACGCUCAUAGCAAAGAAGCUCGGCUAUUCUUCACGCAGGGCUGUGUCCCGGGUGAGGACGAGAUAGCUGCAUCUAGAUCCAGAAAUGCUGUCCAGGAAAGCGAAUUCGAGGGUGAAGGUACGGGCGAAGGUGAAGCGGAGCCCGAAAAUGACCCUACACCGGUAAUCAAAAAGGCCCGCGGUCGUCCCAAGGGCAAGCAGAAGGCAAAAUAG